CCAGAGCCUGGUUCUGGUCCAGGCCCUUUGCUCUAAAAAGCAGCCAACCUGGGCCCUGCCCUGGAAGGCCUUGAGAUCUGGUGGAGGAGUUACACCCAGACCCAGAUGGACAGUUACAAAGCGGGAGCGUCAGUGAGUAGUAUUCUGAAUAAUUGAUAGGAACUGGGGCUCUGAGCCCAACUAUCUGGCUUUGAAUUUGGGUUUCACUUCUUACUACAAUAGCUUUGUGAAUUUGUACAGGUGGCUUCCUUUCUCUGAGGUUCAGUGUCCCCUCCCCCCAGGUGGGGAUAAUAGUACCUACCACAUAGGGUUGUUGAAAUGAAAUGAGAACAGGUAUUUAACGCACCUGGUUCAGUACUUGGUAUUAGGAUUAUUACUGUUGUUAUUUUUAAAGUAUUUCAAUAACAGCUCCCCCAUCAUCCAUGUGCCAGAUAUUGUAUUUGCCACUGGGACAUAGCAGAGACCAAGGCAGUCCUAGCAAUCCCCAGUGACCUGGGGCUUGAAAUCCAGUCGGGGAGACAAACACAUUAAUAGACAGUGAUAGCCCAGCGUGGGUAGGACUGUGAUGGAGGAACCCCACGGGCCUGGGGGAACCCAGAAGAGGUGCCUGACCUGGGAGUCGGAGAGAGGUCUUCCUGGAGGAGGACAUAUCUGAGUUGAGACCUAAAGGACCAGUAGGAAUCAGCUAGGAGGAGGAGGGUUGCAGGGCAAGGGAACAGCCUGUGCAAAGGCCCCAGCCCUAUCCUCAUGGGCUCCCAGUCCAGUGGGGGAAACAAACCCACCCCCAGGGAGUGGGAAGCCCAGAGAAAAUGUCUGAUUUAGCCUGGUGAUAGCUGAGACCAGAGGCAUGUGUAGGAGGGAGCAAAGGGGCAUUGUAGGCAAGGAGAACAGCCCGUGCAAAGGACUGGACGCGGGAGGGUGUGCUGCUUUUGAGGAACUAGAAAUGCGGUGUGCUAGAACAAAGAAUAGAAGAAAAUAAGAGGCUCCAAAGGCUGGAGAUUGGUGGGAGGCCGAGGGUGUAGGACCUUGUGAUUUUGAGCUGGAAGGGCAGUAGGGAGGUGGAAGAGAACUCCAAAGGCAGUGGCUAGAGAAAUCCAGGAAGGCCUCUCUUGACAGUGGAUAUAGGAGCUGACCUCCAAGGAGAGGUGGGGGUCCCCCAGAGGAGGUCCUGGGCAAAGGCCAGAGGCGUGACAGGGUCUGGAUCAUGCAGGGACUCCUUUUGCAGGCUGUGGAACUUGGUUUAUAUCCAGGGGCAAUGGAGAGCCAUGCAAGGAUUUUGAACAGGGAAAGGACAUGAUCUGAUUUAUGUUUUAUGUAUUAUUUAUCUAUGGCUGUUAUGUGGGGGUAUGAAUGAAGCAUGUUUUUUGGGAAUGUGUGUUUGUCUCCAACUUGGGGGCCAUUCCUGUCUGGGGGGGUGAGGACAGAAUGGGAAGUUUGUGUAUGUGUUGGGGGCAUAAAUCAUCCUCCAGCUUUGAAGAGCCCCAGUGUGCUCAGGACUGAGAUAGAAGGAGAUGUAGGGUUGGGUAGAUGGGCCUAGGGGAAUGAGAAGACUCUUCUGGGGGACAUAGAGGAGGAGGCACUGGAGUAGGGUUCUGAAGCAUGCAUAGGAGUUUACUGGGUGAGAAAAGGGAACAGCCUCUAUGAAGACAAAAGAGAGGCUGGUGUGUCUCAGGAGCUAUGUCUAGGUUUGGCUGGACUGUUGAUGGGAGGUGAGGAGGGCGCCAGAUGCAGAAGGUCUUGAAUUUCAUGCUGAGCAGCUUGGCUUUUUUCCUGGGGCUGAAGGGGAGCCACAGAAGGAUUUUGAGCAGGAAUGGGGCUUUGCUUUCAGGCUAGGCAGAGGGCUGACUGAGAACCUGGUGUGCUAAUCUUGCAGGAGAGGAUGAGUUCUGACUGGGGCAGGAACUAAGGAGGUGGAGAGACACAGAGAGCCCUAAGAGAUGUUUAUGGCAUUUCACUAAUGAGACUUGGGGACCAACUAGCUGGAUGCUGGGGUAGGGAGGAGUCAGGGAGACUUUCAGACUCCCCUUGAUCUCUCAUCCUUUCCAAUGCCUGUCACCCCAUGCCUACCAACAUGUUCCCCUAUCUAUUAAGAAACAAGCCACCGACCAUGUUCACACUUUAUUGUGCUCAGUCCUCAUACAUCCCGAUGAAUAAGAGGCAUCUGCUUAUGAAAAGCAGGGGAUUUUGUGGUUGGAUCUCUCUCUGUUCAGGAGAGCAUGGGUGUUGGAUCCAUGUUGGGUGGAAACAGGAGACCUUGAACUUAGGGAGGAACUUGGGGAAGGCAGACGGUGAGCUGGCCUCCAGCAGGCACUUGACAAAAAUGUACUUGUGUGAGCUUUAUAGUUUGGUUGAGGCUGGUAAGACUCUGGGAGGUCUGGUUACCUAGCCUUACUGAAUGGUUCUGCAUUUCCCAGACCAUGGCUCAGGGUCUGUUGUGAUGUUCUCCAGGGCUCUGGUCAGAGCUGAGGGAGAGCUGCUAACGUCAAUAUUCUGUCUUUUGUGCAUUUCCUCAUUCCUUCAUCCAGCAUUCCUCAGCCCUUGUCCAGCAGCAGGCCCUGUGCUGGGCAAUGUUGGGGAGGGUCCCCAAAAUGAGUUAGGCCCAGGCCCUGCCCUGUGGGCCUCCUCUGCUGCAGGGUGACAGACCUGGACACAGAUGGUUCUGGCCCAGAAAAAUGAAGAUUAUAAUGGAAAGUGAUAGCCUUGAAGAAGGGCACCUAACUCAACUGGGGGGCAUCAGGGAAGGCUUCUUGGAGGAGAUGGGGAAAUUUGCUGGUGGGAAGAGAGACUGUGCUUCAGACAGAGGGAGAAGCUUGUGCAAAGGCCCAGUUUCUGACAGACCUGCAAGGAACAGGGUGAUGUGAGACAAGAUGAGAUUUCAAAUGCCAGCGCCAAGCCCCCAGCACCGAAUCCUGCUGGACUUCCUUUUCUUGGACACGGAGUGCACAUAUGACUACCUGUUCGUGUAUGAUGGCGACUCCCCCCGUGCACCCCUGCUUGCCAGUCUGAGUGGGAGCACCCGGCCCCCGCCCAUCGAGGCUUCCUCAGGCAAGAUGCUGCUGCACCUCUUCAGCGAUGCCAACUACAACCUGCUGGGCUUCAACGCCUCCUUCCACUUCUCCCUGUGCCCGGGGGGCUGCCGUAGCCAUGGGCAGUGUCAUCCCCCAGGGGUGUGUGCCUGUGAGCCAGGCUGGGGGGGUCCUGACUGCAGCCUACAAGAGUGCUCAGCCUACUGUGGUAGCCAUGGCACCUGCGCCUCGUCCCUGGGACCGUGUCGCUGUGAGCCUGGCUUCCUGGGACGUGCCUGUGACCUGCACCUGUGGGAGAACCAGGGGGCUGGCUGGUGGCACAACGUGAGUGCUGGGGACCCCGCCUUCUCUGCCCGUGUCGGGGCAGCUGGUGCCUUUCUGUCCCCGCCAGGGCUGUUGGCCGUUUUUGGAGGCCAGGACCUCAACAGCGCCCUGGGUGACCUCGUGCUGUACAACUUCUCUGCCAAUACAUGGGAACGCUGGGACCUGAGUCCUGCCCCGGCUGCCCGUCACUCCCACGUGGCUGUGGCCUGGGCCGGCUCCCUGGUGUUGAUGGGCGGUGAGCUGGCUGAUGGCUCCCUCACUAGCGAUGUGUGGGCCUUUAACCCCCUGGGCGGGGGCCACUGGGAGCUCCUGGCACCACCUGCUUCCAGUUCCUCGGGGCCACCAGGCCUGGCAGGUCAUGCAGCUGCCCUAGUGGACGACAUCUGGCUCUAUGUGUCUGGCGGCCGCACCCAGCACGACCUCUUCUCGUCCGGCCUCUUCCGUUUCCACCUUGACAGCAUCAGUGGAGGCUAUUGGGAGCAGGUGAUUCCGGCAGGUGGGCGGCCCCCUGCCGCCACAGGCCACUCCAUGGUGUUCCAUGCCCCAUCUCGUGCCCUGCUGGUUCAUGGUGGACAUCGGCCCUCCACUGCCCGAUUCUCUGUGAGGGUGAACUCCACAGAGCUCUUCCACGUGGAUCGGCGUGUGUGGACAACCCUGAAGGGCCGGGAUGGGCUUCAGGGUCCACGGGAGCGAGCCUUCCACACGGCCAGUGUCCUGGGCAACUACAUGGUGGUCUAUGGGGGCAAUGUGCACACCCAUUACCAGGAGGAAAAGUGCUACGAAGAUGGAAUCUUCUUCUACCACCUCGGCUGCCAUCAGUGGGUGUCAGGGGCUGAGCUUGCUCCACCAGGAACCCCUGAGGGCCGAGCAGCACCUCCCAGUGGUCGGUACUCACAUGUGGCGGCUGUGCUUGGUGGCAGUGUCCUUUUGGUGGCUGGUGGAUACAGUGGCCGGCCUCGUGGGGACUUGAUGGCCUACAAGGUUCCCCCCUUCGUGUUCCAGGCACCUGCCCCGGAUUACCACUUGGACUAUUGCUCCAUGUAUACGGACCACAGCGUCUGCUCCCGAGACCCCGAAUGCAGUUGGUGUCAGGGGGCCUGCCAAGCUGCACCACCUCCUGGGACCCCCUCUGGAGCUUGUCCGGCUGCUAGCUGCCUAGGCCUGGGCCGCCUCCUAGGCGACUGCCAGGCCUGCUUGGCCUUCAGCAGCCCCGCAGCUCCUCCCCGGGGGCCUGGCGCCCUGGGCUGGUGCGUGCACAAUGAGAGCUGCCUCCCUCGGCCUGAGCAGGCCCGCUGCCGAGGGGAGCAGAUCUCAGGCACUGUGGGCUGGUGGGGGCCUGCACCUGUCUUCGUUACAUCCCUGGAGGCCUGCGUCACCCAGAGUUUCCUUCCUGGCCUGCACCUGCUCACCUUCCAGCAGCCACCCAAUGCCUCCCAGCCUGAUAAGGUCUUGAUUGUCCGCAGCACGACCAUCACUCUGACACCCAGUCCAGAGACCGAUGUGUCCCUGGUCUACCGCGGCUUCAUCCACCCACUGCUGCCGGGAGGGCCCGGCGGGCCAGGGGCUGAGGAUGUGGCCGUGUGGGCCCGGGCCCAGCGCCUACACGUCCUGGCCAGGAUGGCCCGUGGGCCCGACACAGAGAACAUGGAGGAGGUGGGACGCUGGGUGGCUCAGCAGGAGAAGGAGACAAGGCGGCUGCAGCGCCCAGGGUCUGCUCGUCUCUUCCCGCUGCCUGGCCGGGGCCACAAGUACGCGGUAGAGAUCCGGGGCCAGCUCAACGGCUCGGCGGGUCCUGGGCACAGCGAGCUCACCCUGCUGUGGGACCGCACUGGUGUGCCAGGAGGCAGCGAGAUCUCCUUCUUCUUCCUGGAGCCCUACCGCUCAGCGGCCUGCGCCUCCUACUCGUCCUGCCUGGGCUGCCUGGCGGACCAGGGCUGCGGCUGGUGCCUGACCAGUGCCACCUGCCACCUGCGCCAGAGUGGGGCCCACUGUGGAGUCGACAGGGCCGGUGGGUCCCUGCUGGUACUGGUGCCUGCCCUCUGCCCACUCUGUGAGGAGCAUCGCGACUGCCACGCCUGCACCCAGGACCCCUUCUGUGAGUGGCAUCAGAGCACCAACCGCAAAGGGGACGCGGCGUGCAGCCGGCGGGGCCGAGGUCGGGGUGCCCUGAAGAGCCCAGAGGAAUGUCCCCCGCUCUGCAGCCAGCGCCUGACCUGUGACGACUGCCUGGCCAACUCGAGCCAGUGUGCCUGGUGCCAGUCUACCCACACCUGCUUCCUGUUUGCUGCCUACCUUGCCCGGUACCCACAUGGGGGCUGCCGAGGCUGGGAUGACAGCGUGCACUCAGAGCCGAGGUGUCGGAGCUGUGAUGGCUUCCUGACCUGCCAUGAGUGUCUACAGAGUCACGAGUGUGGCUGGUGUGGCAAUGAGGACAACCCCACGCUGGGACGGUGCCUCCAGGGGGACUUCUCAGGGCCCCUGGGUGGGGGUAACUGUUCCCUGUGGGUGGGGGAGGGCCUGGGGCUGUCUGUGGCCCUCCCUGCCCGCUGGGCAUAUGCCCGUUGUCCAGAUGUGGAUGAGUGUCGCCUGGGCCUGGCACGGUGCCACCUGCGGGCAACCUGCCUGAACACGCCCCUCAGCUACGAAUGUCACUGCCAACGGGGCUACCAAGGUGAUGGCAUCACAUACUGCAACCGCACUUGCUUGGAGGACUGCGGCCAUGGUGUGUGUAGUGGCCCCCCUGACUUCACCUGCAUGUGUGACCUGGGCUGGACAUCUGACCUGCCCCCGCCCACGCCCGCCCCAGGACCCCCUGCCCCCCGCUGCUCCCGAGACUGCGGCUGCAACUUCCACAGCCACUGCCGCAAGCGGGGGCCUGGCUUCUGCGAUGAGUGCCAAGACUGGACGUGGGGGGAGCACUGCGAACGGUGCCGGCCUGGCAGCUUCGGCAAUGCUACGGGCUCAGGCGGCUGCCGGCCCUGCCAGUGCAACGGGCACGGGGACCCACGCCGUGGCCACUGCGACAACCUCAGCGGGCUCUGCUUCUGCCAGGACCACACUGAGGGUGCCCACUGCCAGCUUUGCUCCCCCGGCUACUACGGGGAUCCCCGGGCCGGUGGCUCCUGCUUCCGGGAGUGUGGGGGUCGCGCCCUCCUCACCAACGUGUCCUCAGUGGCACUGGGCUCACGCCGAGUUGGGGGGCUGCUGCCUCCAGGUGGUGCUGCAGCAAAAGCCGGGCCAGGCCUGUCCUAUUGUGUGUGGGUUGUCUCGGCCACAGAGGUUCUACAGCCCUGUGCCCCGGGGACCCUCUGUCCCCCACUCACCCUCACCUUCUCCCCUGACAGCAGCACCCCCUGCACGCUGAGCUAUGUGCUGGCCUUUGAUGGCUUCCCACGCUUCCUGGACACUGGUGUCGUGCAGUCAGACCGUAGCCUCAUUGCUGCCUUCUGCGGCCAGCGGCGAGACAGGCCCCUCACUGUGCAGGCCCUGUCUGGGCUGCUUGUGCUGCACUGGGAGGCCAACGGCUCCUCGUCCUGGGGCUUCAAUGCCUCGGUGGGCUCUGCCCGCUGCGGAUCAGGGGGCCCCGGGAGCUGCCCUGUCCCCCAGGAGUGUGUGCCCCACGAUGGGGAUGCAGGUGCUGGACUCUGCCGCUGUCCCCAGGGCUGGGCUGGCCCACACUGCCGCAUGGCUCUGUGUCCUGAAAACUGCAACGCCCACAAUGGGGCAGGGACUUGUAACCAGAGCCUGGGCGUGUGCAUCUGUGCUGAGGGCUUUGGGGGCCCCAACUGUGCCACGAAGCUGGAUGGCGGACAGCUGGUCUGGGAAACCCUCAUGGACAGCCGCCUCUCAGCUGACACUGCGAGUCGCUUCCUGCACCGCCUGGGGCACACCAUGGUGGAGGGACCUGAUGCCACCUUGUGGAUGUUUGGGGGCCUAGGCCUGCCCCAGGGGCUGCUGGGAAACCUGUACAGGUACUCAGUGAGCGAGCGGCGGUGGACACAGAUGCUGGCAGGAGCCGAGGACGGGGGCCCAGGCCCCUCACCCCGCUCCUUCCAUGCGGCUGCCUAUGUGCCCGCUGGCCGUGGUGCCAUGUACCUGCUGGGGGGGCUCACGGCUGGGGGUGUCACCCGAGAUUUCUGGGUCCUCAACCUCACCACCCUGCAGUGGCGGCAGGAGAAGGCCCCUCAGGCUGUGGAACUUCCAGCCGUUGCUGGUCAUACUCUGACCGCCCGCCGAGGCCUGUCUCUGCUCCUGGUGGGUGGCUACUCCCCUGAAAAUGGCUUCAACCAGCAGCUGCUCGAGUACCAGCUGGCAUCUGGCACCUGGGUAUCCGGAGCUCAAAGCGGGACACCCCCAACAGGUCUCUAUGGUCAUUCUGCGGUGUACCACGAGGCCACUGACUCCCUCUACGUGUUUGGGGGUUUCCGCUUCCACGUGGAGCUGGCAGCCCCAUCCCCUGAGCUCUACUCCCUGCACUGUCCUGACCGCACCUGGAGCCUUCUGGCCCCUUCUCAGGGGGCAAAGCCCCGCCCCCGACUUUUCCAUGCCUCAGCUCUGCUAGGCGACACCAUGGUGGUCCUUGGGGGGCGCUCGGACCCUGAUGAGUUCAGCAGCGAUGUGCUGCUCUACCAGGUCAACUGCAACUCCUGGCUCCUGCCUGACCUCACCCGCCAGGCCUCUGUGGGGCCCCCGAUGGAGGAGUCUGUGGCCCACGCUGUGGCGGCAGUGGGGGGCCGCCUAUACAUCUCCGGUGGCUUCGGGGGAGUGGCCCUGGGCCGCCUGCUGGCCUUGACCCUGCCCCCUGACCCCUGUCGCCUGCUGCCCUCCCCCGAAGCUUGUAACCAGUCUGGGGCCUGCAUCUGGUGCCAUGGGGCCUGCUUGUCCGGGGACCAGGCCCACAGGCUGGGCUGUGGGGCGCCCCCCUGCUCCCCAAUGCCUCGCUCCCCCGAGGAAUGUCGCCGUCUCCGGACCUGCAGUGAGUGCCUGGCUCGCCAUCCCCGGACCCUGCAGCCUGGAGAUGGAGAGGCAUCUCCCCCCCGUUGCAAGUGGUGUACCAACUGUCCUGAGGGCGCCUGCAUCGGGCGCAACGGGUCCUGCACCUCAGAGAAUGAUUGUCGGAUCAAUCAGAGAGAGGUCUUCUGGGCGGGGAACUGCUCGGAGGCUGCGUGCGGGGCCGCCGAUUGCGAGCAGUGCACCAGGGAGGGCAAGUGCAUGUGGACGCGGCAGUUUAAGAGGACAGGCGAGACCCGCCGCAUCCUCUCGGUGCAGCCUACCUAUGACUGGACAUGCUUCAGCCACUCUCUGCUGAAUGUGUCCCCAAUGCCGGUGGAAUCAUCGCCCCCACUGCCCUGCCCCACCCCCUGUCACCUCCUGCCCAACUGCACCUCCUGCCUGGACUCCAAGGGUGCGGACGGGGGCUGGCAGCACUGUGUCUGGAGCAGCAGCCUCCAACAGUGUCUGAGCCCCUCCUACCUGCCCCUGCGAUGUAUGGCCGGAGGCUGCGGGCGGCUUCUCCGAGGACCCGAGAGCUGCUCCCUGGGCUGUGCUCAGGCAACCCAGUGCGCUCUGUGUCUGCGGCGCCCCCACUGUGGCUGGUGUGCCUGGGGGGGCCAGGAUGGGGGUGGCCGCUGCCUGGAGGGUGGACUCAGCGGCCCCCGUGAUGGGCUGACGUGUGGGCGUACUGGGGCCUCCUGGGCCUUCCUGUCCUGCCCCCCUGAGGACGAGUGUGCAAAUGGACACCACGACUGCAAUGAGACACAGAACUGCCACGACCGGCCCCAUGGUUAUGAGUGCAGCUGCAAGACAGGCUAUACCAUGGACAAUGUGACAGGUCUGUGCCGCCCGGUGUGUGCCCAGGGCUGUGUGAACGGCUCGUGCGUGGAGCCCGACCACUGCCGCUGCCACUUUGGCUUCGUUGGCCGCAACUGCUCCACAGAGUGCCGCUGCAACCGCCACAGCGAGUGUGCCGGCGUGGGGGCCCGUGACCACUGCCUGCUCUGCCGCAACCAUACCAAGGGCAGCCACUGUGAGCAGUGCCUCCCGCUGUUUGUGGGUUCCGCAGUGGGAGGCGGGACCUGCCGGCCCUGCCAUGCCUUCUGUCGAGGCAACAGCCACGUCUGUGUCUCCAGGAAGGAGCUCGAAAUGGCCAGGAGGGAGCCAGAGAAGUACUCGCUGGAUCCGGAGGAGGUUGAAAACUGGGUGACAGAGGGUCCUAGUGAAGACGAGGCCGUGUGUGUAAACUGCCAGAAUAAUAGCUACGGGGACAAAUGUGAGAGCUGCCUCCAUGGCUACUUCCUCCUGGAUGGGAAGUGCACCAAAUGCCAGUGUAAUGGCCAUGCGGAUACAUGUAAUGAGCAGGACGGGACGGGCUGCCCAUGUCAGAACAACACAGAGACGGGCACCUGCCAGGGCAGCUCCCCCAGUGACCGCCGGGACUGCUACAAGUACCAGUGCGCCAAGUGCCGGGAGUCCUUCCAUGGGAGCCCACUGGGUGGCCAGCAGUGCUACCGCCUCAUCUCCGUGGAGCAGGAGUGUUGCCUGGACCCAACAUCCCAGACCAACUGCUUCCAUGAGCCCAAGCGCAGGGCCCUGGGCCCUGGCCGCACUGUCCUCUUUGGUGUGCAGCCGAAGUUCACCAAUGUGGACAUCCGCCUGACGCUGGACGUGACCUUCGGUGCCGUGGACCUCUACGUCUCCACCUCCUACGACACCUUUGUGGUCCGCGUGGCCCCAGACACAGGCGUCCACACCGUCCAUAUCCAGCCGCCCCCGCCCCCACCCCCACCACCUCCCCCUGCGGAUGGCGGGCCUCGGGGUGCCGGGGAUCUGGGGGGACCAGGAGCAGGGAGCGGGCAGGCCACUCCAGUGGAGCCACGGGUGCGGGAGGUGUGGCCACGGGGCCUGAUCACCUAUGUGACAGUGACGGAGCCAUCAGCAGUGCUUGUGGUCCACAGCGUGCGGGACAGGCUGGUCAUCACCUACCCGCAUGAGCACCACGCCCUCAAAUCCAGCCGCUUCUACCUGCUGCUACUGGGCGUGGGAGACCCAAGUGGGCCCGGUGCCAACGGCUCAGCGGACUCGCAGGGCCUGCUUUUCUUCCGGCAGGACCAGGCCCACAUCGACCUGUUUGUCUUCUUCUCCGUCUUCUUCUCCUGCUUCUUCCUCUUCCUCUCGCUCUGCGUGCUCCUCUGGAAGGCCAAGCAGGCCCUGGACCAGCGGCAGGAGCAGCGCCGGCACCUGCAAGAGAUGACCAAGAUGGCCAGUCGCCCCUUCGCCAAGGUCACCGUCUGCUUCCCGCCGGACCCUGCUGCCCCGGCCCCUGCCUGGAAGCCGGCUGGGCUCCCACCACCCACAUUCCGCCGCUCUGAGCCCUUCUUGGCACCCCUGCUGCUGACGGGGGCUGGUGGGCCCUGGGGACCUGUGGGAGGGGGCUGCUGCCCACCGGCCAUCCCCACCACCACUGCCGGCCUGCGAGCUGGGCCUAUCACCCUCGAGCCCACCGAAGAUGGUAUGGCUGGUGUGGCCACACUGCUACUCCAGCUGCCUGGCGGGCCACACGCACCCAAUGGCGCCUGCCUGGGGUCAGCCCUUGUUACACUGAGACACAGGCUGCAUGAGUACUGUGGGGGUGGCGGGGGUCCUGGGGGCAGUGGGCAUGGGUCUGGUAUAGGCCGGAAGGGACUGUUGAGCCAGGACAAUCUCACUAGCAUGUCCCUCUGACCCAUGCUGGUUCGCCUGAUGGGGCUGCCCUGAACUUGGGGCCCUUCUGUGUGGGGGCCCCUGAACAUUAUCCUCAGAGACCUCUGGUUUCCUUCCCCCAGGGAGAACCUUCUUUGUUCUUCAUUCAACAAUUAUUUAUUGAAUACCUA